AUGCCCAAGAGAGCCACUCGUUCCGACUCUGACACAGAAGAUACCAAACCAUCUAUCGAAGGUACCUCCUUACCCAACACCUUCUCAGAGCCACCCAAGGAUAAGAAACCUAAGCUUACUCCUACUAAACCAAAAAUCAAGUCAACCACAACUACACCUACAAAGAAGUCUCAAAACCCCGGUUCCCCUUCCAAAGGUAUUGGUGCGUUUCCUUUGGAAGCUAAGAAAGUGUUAUUGGAAAAAGCGAUGGAUAUAGCUUAUAAGGGAAUACCUUACUCUGAAUUAGCUGUUGAGCUCGGUAUCAGCGAGUCAAGACUUAAAGAUCAGCUCAAACCUGAUCGGUCCAAUCUCAGAAAGGCGGUGAUGGAUUUAUAUAACUAA